CGCAAUGAAUCCUGGGAGGAACUGCGUAUUUGGCGCAAUCUUUGAACAAACCGUACUAAUCCGGGCUCACGAUGGCAGCGGAAAGCGCGCAUAACAUAACGCCAGUUCGGCGAUAUAUUAACUAACCCGACAGCAUGGAGGGCAGAGGCAGACAGGGGCAAGUCGAGCGAAAUGAAAUCGACAAACUGACGCAGAUGAAGUCGAAGGUAAACAGACUGAGACGCAGCCCUAAAGCGGCGCCGCUGACCCCCGGACAGACAGCAGAGUUCAAAACCCCUACACGUCCGGCGAGAGGCCAGUUCAGGAGACCGGUGCCGGACGACUCGCCCAGCAGCGAUCCAGACUUUCAUCAAGACAUCAUAUGGGACACGACCUCUCCGUCGCCCGUCCGGCGUGGCCGUGGGCAGAGGAGAGCUGCGACUGUCAGAGCGGUGGACAUAUCGGACAUUGCCAAUCGAAUCGCCCCAAAGAACGGAAGACUGGAAGCGGAUUCAUCUUUACUGCAGUGGAUUGGGGACAGUGCCAUUCCCUGCACACCAGAAGUACAGCAACCCAAAGUCAAGACCAUAUCCAUAAAACAGAGCACCGUGGAAGAUCUUAUGCGGCUGGCGAAGCAGUUUGACUUCAACAUGAGGCAAGAUGAAGCUCAAGAACGGAGCUCGGAUGCACCGGGUUCGAAACAGUCUAAGGAACGAGAGCCGCCACGUGAUGACAGCUUCACAGCAGCCCACAGAGAACCCGCUUUAAAACCCAACGAGAAGCCCGUCGAUGAAAGAGGACUUCAUCAGGAGAUGGACGAUGAUCUCGAUUUCCUGUUCGACGGACCGACCCAGCGGCUCAGCGGGCGUCUCAGCCAGGCGUCUGAUUGUCGCACUCAGGAAGUUCCCGAGAGAAGUCUCUGCAUCGCGAAAGCCAGCGCUUCACAAAAAGGUUCUGGGUCGGUCGCGUCAGAAAACCGCGGAAGCAAACCGGUCGACAAGGCUGAUGAUUUUGAUGACGACUGGAACAGUGACGGUUUGCUCGAUGACUCGUUGCUUCUGGAGAUGACGCAAAACCCCGACCUGUUUGCCGCGCCGCAGUACAGUUCGACGCAAAAACAAACUCGUGAGAAACUAAACGCUUUCGGCGCAGUCACCAACAAAAAGCAAGACGCUAAAAGUGGCACGUUUCAAGGCCGGCAGGCAAAAAGUGAGCAAGGUUUUCAGCAGGAUUCGAGAAUACAGGUAAAGCCCUUUGGAGGGUUGCCAGGAAUUGGAGAUCACAUGGAAAAUAAUGGCGCGAAUCGGGUUUUUCCGACGAGUAAGGCUUUGCCGGUUCCUGCAAGUUGCUUCCAAGGCAAACAGAAUCAGCGCAAGAUGCAAGUACAACAGCUUCGGGUUAAUCUAAACUCAUCUGAGCUCAAUUCUGUUUUAUCGACGCCUCAUUUCCAUCCAGACAGCGAGGAGAAGCUGCCAUCCACCGGCCUCGGUACUAAUAAACCACCUCGCGCGAAUGCUCCCAGCAUGCAUCAGAAUCCAAGCUCUGGAGGCGUUAAACAACAAGGAGAGAAUGCGGUCGCGGCCAAAGAUGGCUUUAGUGAAGCUUUAGAUGAAGACCUGGACUCUCUUUUUGCAUCCGAUGACAUCUGGGACGACGGAGCGGAGGACGAUGAUCUGUUUUGUGAGGCGUGUGACGAUCUCGAGGAGACGGCUGAAACGCCAGCCGCAAAAGCACUACAAAACAAAGCGGCCAGCAGGCAGACGGUGUUUGCUAGCGUCUCCACGUGCCGUGCAAACACUUCAGUGUCUCCGUUCGGCCAGGAGGCUCCCGCGGUGGACUCUGGGCCUGCGGGACUCGGCUCUAACGCGGCACGUGGCGCGACGAGACCCUCUGGCCCCUCAAGUAAUGGAGCGUGUAAAUUCGAACAGGUGAGAAGCUCCUCUGUGGCGGGACGGGGGACCUGCUCUGUUCCCUCCGCACGGCAGGGUCACGAGAGGGGCGUGCUGGCCGUCCUCCAAUCGGACGUGAGAACAGCAGACAGUCAUCGGUUCAAAAAGCCUCACGGUGACUCCAAGCUGGUCAUCGCCAAAGACGUGUGUAACUCUGGAGCCGUGAGGUGCAGUGAUGCUGAGAUCGAGAGGAAGAAGCAGCAGGCCAUGGAGAGGCGGAGACUCCGGAUGCUGGCCAAUCAGAACCUCAGAGCUCCUGUCUGAGCCUCUGUUACCGAGAGGUACACGCGUGCGUGUGUGUGUGUGUGUGUAUAUAAAGAUGAUAAAUAUUCCUAUCACAAGCAACAAAUCUUUGCGGAUUUUACGGACGGUGAUGGGAGCGCUACGCUUCGUGGCGCUUUUUUGUCGACCAAAACUCUUUAGGAACAAUGCUUUCUUGCUGUUGUUUUUAGGGUCGUUUGUAUGCAUGAAAAAAAAAAAAGCCAAUGCUCAGUAUUAUGCCUGUUUGGGCAUCGGAGCAGAUCCUACAUCAAUACUCGUUCUGGCAAACGGCAGAUGCCUUGACUAAAAAUCAGGAAUAGCUGCCGCCUUUCGCCUCGGUCACUUUUAUGCAAAUUUUAUGUAAAUUGUAUAAUAAAUAUUUCCCUUCAGUUCUUUUAACAAACGCAAUGUUCACGUUACUUCAUGUAAAUCACUCUUGUUCAUUUAUAAUGAUGUAGAAGAAAUUUUACAAACUUUCCUUUUUCAUGAAUUUAAAAGAGGCAGCCCAGAAUAUUAAAGUGAGUAAUGUAUAGUA